AUGCAUCUAUCACAUAAUAUGAUCACGGGUUCCAUAUCUCCAAUACUUUCUAAAUUGUCCAACCUAGUAGUACAAAGAUUAGAUUCUAAUAGUCUUAGUGGUGAGAUUCCACCAGAAAUCUGGACUUUAGCUAAUCUAUAUCAACUAAACUUAUCAUCGAACCAAUUAUCUGGAUCCAUACCUACACAUAUAGAAAAGCUAAGCAAUCUAGGAUACCUUGGUAUGUCUAGAAACAGACUGGGUGGAUUAAUACCUGAGGAACUAGGGUCAUGCACAAAACUACAGUCAUUGAAGCUCAAAGACAACAACUUCAGUGGGAGUUUGCCACCCGCGAUUGGAAAUUUAGCAGGCCUGCAGAUCAUGCUAGAUUUGAGCAACAAUAACCUCAGUGGUGUGCUGCCGCAGCAACUUGGGAAGUUGGAGAUGCUGGAAUCUCUGAAUUUAUCACAUAAUCAGUUUGGUGGCAGCAUUCCAUCCUCCUUUGCAAGCAUGGUGAGCCUUUCAACGCUUGAUGUGUCCUACAAUGACUUGGAAGGAUCAGUCCCAACAACACGGCUACUCCAAAAUGCUUCAGCAAGUUGGUUUGUUCCCAAUAAAGGUAUGUGCGGCAACCUCUCUGGCCUGCCACCUUGUUAUUCAACACCAGUAGCUGGCCACCACAAGAAGAAGACACUUGGUUUGCUUUUGCCAAUUGUUCUUGUUGCGGGUCUCAGCAUUAUUGUUGCAAUUGUUGUCAUAAUAAUGCUCAGUCGUAACAAGAAAAAACCCCAAGAAAGUGUCACUAUUGAAGGAAGGGACCUAUUCUAUAUUUGGAAUUUUGAUGGAAGGUUAGCAUUUGAAGAUAUUGUAAGGGCAACAGAAGACUUCGAUGAUAAGUACAUCAUUGGAACAGGAGGAUAUGGCAAAGUGUACAAGGCACAACUCCAAGAUGGGCAGCUAGUUGCUGUGAAGAAGCUUCACCAGACCCAAGAAGAGUUGGAUGACGAAAGAAGAUUUCGUCGUGAAAUGGAAAUCUUAUCACAGAUCAGACAACGAAGCAUUGUCAAAAUGUAUGGAUUCUGUUCCCACCCAGCAUAUAAAUUUCUCAUCUAUGACUACAUUAAGCAGGGAAGCCUCCACAUGACAUUGGAAAAUGAAGAGCUAGCAAAGGAAUUAGAUUGGCAGAAGAGAAUUGCUCUGGCAACUGAUGUGGCUCAGGCAAUAUCUUAUUUGCACCACGAAUGCAGUCCACCAAUAAUCCAUAGAGAUAUCACAAGCAACAACAUCUUACUUGAUACAAUCUUCAAGGCUUUUGUCUCGGAUUUUGGCACUGCAAGGAUUCUUAAGCCCGAUUCAUCAAACUGGAGUGCACUAGCAGGAACAUAUGGCUACAUAGCUCCUGAACUCUCGUACACAUCUGUUGUGACGGAAAAAUGUGAUGUAUAUAGCUUUGGUGUGGUUAUGCUAGAGCUAGUGAUGGGGAAGCAUCCAAGGGAUCUAUUAGACGGUAGUUUGUCAAGCGGGGAACACGCUAUGCUGGUAAAAGAUAUUCUAGACCAACGGCCGACAACACCAACAGCAACAGAAGAGAAUAGCUUAGCUCUGCUCAUCAAGCUGGCCUUUUCUUGCUUGGAAUCUUCUCCACAAGCAAGGGCAACCAUGCGGGAGGCAUACCAAACACUCAUCCAGCGACCCUCUUCUAGCUCCUGCCCCAUGCCUUUCAGCGCACUUACAUUACAGCAAGGGAGUGAUGCAUGUUGAUAUAUGAUCUGAAUUCUAGUGAGAAGCCAAGGUCUAUCAUUGUGGAAGCCGAUUUAGGUUUAUGUUUUGCCUCGAGUCACUCAUAUACCAUCUAUAUAUGUAAAAGUCUGUAAUCAUCUCAUGUCAUCUCGUAGAUUUUAUUUCUAGCAAAAACAAUAACCGGUCCAUGCAGCAUGAGCCUGAUCACGACAUGGCCAGAUCAGUAGUUGCAUGCUAUUAUGAUCGCCUCGUGGGAUGGCACGAGUACCGGCUGUAGCGGCUUAGAACUUGAGGCAUGAUCAAGGGACGUGGGAUGGCAUGUCCGUAAAGCUUGGUCAUGGUGCAAGAUUAGGAUCUUUAUGUUAGCUAGUUGAGCUAAUGAGCUGUUUAAAUAAAGAGGAGAACAAAGCAGAAAGGCUGCAAUGGUUUACACAGAGCAAAUAUCCUGAGUGUCCACUGAUUCUUUUCCCUCCCUGUGCCUCGGGAUGAGUUCAUGACUCAUUGUAAGUGGUCGAUGCUUAAACAAGAACAAAUAAAUAUAAACACACGAAGCUAGGUGCAUAAAAAAGGAAAAUUACCAUAGGACUAAGCAAAAGAACUUA